AUGGCAGUGGUUUGGUUGAAUCUCGAUAAAUAUCGACGUCAAGCCAGAAACCUGGCAUGGUAUGACCAUGAUGGAGAGCCGUCAACUCACAACCCCUUCAAGAAAUUUCGACGCCAACGGCCGCGCCGAACGGAUUCUAUCCAGCUCGAGAGCAAACUUACUCCUAUCCGCACUGCAGGGGAUGUGCGCCUCGACGAGGAGCGUCGCCGGCGGAAGGAUAUGACAGACGGCUUGGUAGGCCCAGAGCAUUCGGAUAGUUUCCCACCAGAGUCCUCUGGGACCGAUCAGGUUACUCCUGAUAGAGCGGGACGUGAGCCGUCAAUGCACAGCAAUGAACCCAUUAACAUAUCAGCCCAAACCGGGCUAGAUGAAGACCAGCUGGGAGGACCUCGAAAGAGGAGGACCUUCGCGAGCGGAUUUGGGGAUAAAUCUCUAGAUGGGGACACAGAUUCGAACUCGGCAAAAGAUGUCAACGAGAAGCCGAAGUUUACCGCCAUGGGACAGUUGAAAGCGACCCUCUUCAAUUCCUGGGUCAACAUCCUUCUGCUUGCUGCUCCAGCUGGAAUUGCAUUGAAUUAUGUCGAUGUUGAUCCAGUUGCUGUGUUCGUGGUGAACUUUAUUGCCAUUAUGUCUUCCUCUUGCAGCGAUGUUGGGUUACGCGACAGAAGAGAUUGCCAUGCGCACUGGCGAAACAAUCGGUGGCCUACUCAACGCAAGUUUGGUAAUGCCGUCGAACUAAUUGUGGCCAUCAUUGCACUGGUCGACAAUGAAGUCACGAUCGUACAGACUUCCCUAAUUGGAAGUAUGCUCUCGAACCUUCUCCUUGUUAUGGGGAUGUGUUUCUUGUUUGGAGGUGUCAACCGCCUGGAGCAGCAUUUCAACCCGGUCGUUGCCCAAACAGCAGCCAGUCUUCUAGCGUUGGCAGUGGGAUGCUUGAUUAUUCCCACUGCCUUCCACAACUGGUCAGGCGCGGGCAACAGUGGUGUCGCAGAGCUCUCACGAGGAACCAGCAUUAUUAUGCUGGUCGUUUACGGAUGCUAUCUUUUUUUCCAGUUGGGGUCGCACGCGGAGAUGUACAACAGCCCGAGUCCCAAAGUUGAGAAGAGACGUGGGAAAGUGAACGACGGCGACACCCAUCGGGGAAUUGCGCAGAUAGGCAAAAUGACUGCCACCCUGGCGGGACAGAACGCACAGCAAUUGAAACUGCAAGACCCGGACGAGGAAGAGGAAGAACCUCAGCUAAGCAUUUGGGUAGCUGUGCUAACCUUGGCUAUCUCGACGGCCCUGGUCGCACUGUGCGCUGAGUAUAUGGUUGAUUCCAUUAAUGCGAUUACGGACCGUGGCGGUGUCUCCAAGACCUUUGUUGGACUGAUUCUCCUUCCAAUUGUGGGUAACGCUGCCGAACAUGCCACGGCCGUGACGGUGGCAUGCAAGGACAAGAUGGACUUGGCAAUUGGCGUGGCCGUAGGGUCCAGCAUGCAAAUCGCGUUGCUGGUGCUUCCGCUGAUCAUUGUGAUUGGAUGGGGCAUGGGCAACAAUGACAUGACUUUGUACUUUGACGCAUUCCAAGUGAUUCUGCUAUUUGUUGCCGUUCUGUUGGUAAACUACCUCAUUGCCGACGGUAAAUCCCAUUGGCUCGAGGGCGUCCUCCUGAUGAUGAUGUACUUAAUCAUUGCCGUGGCAGCUUGGUUCUAUCCCACCAAGACUGAGGAACAGAUGAAAGCAUGA